AUGGAUGCGGAGAGCGAGUACGAAAUAAAGAGAGCUCGUGAUGCAAUUCAGAUGAUUGAGACCAUACAGUCUAUGAUCGACGUUUCGGCGGAUAGACUUGAGGGUUUACGGACACAAUGUUCUACGAGCGCAGAGCUGACGCAGCAAGAGAUCCGGACCCUGGAGGGCAAGCUGGUGAAGCAUUUCUCGCGGCAGCUGGUCUUCAAGGCGCAGUUCGGCGAGGAGUUGCAGAGGGAGCUGGCGGACGUGCCGUGCCUGGCCCAAUGGCUCCGCGUGGUCGGCCUCAGUCCGGAGGCGAUAGAGGCGGUGUGUUCACGCGUCGCCUCGCUAGAGGCCCUACGAGAGCGCUCCGACCACGAGCUGCGUGCCUUACUCGCGGCCGCACGCGACGAGGAGCUGCGACGACUCUGCCGAGCGAUGCAAAGGCUUCGAACCUACACCGAGGCUUUGGCUCGCGGAGAGGGCGCUGCAGAGCUGCCCCUCUACUGGGACUCAUGGGAAAGACACGCUCGCUCAUCACCGAGGCCCAGGAAAGGUGGAAAGUCGCCGACGACUCCGGUGAACAAACGUAAGCAGAACUCUCAUCUGCCAGCCCCGGCUUCUUUGACAAAGUCGAGGUCACACGAGUCGCAGCUCUCCGUCAGACCUGACGCAUCCGAUCUUAGCGACAACAGCCAGUCGUCGGCGCGGGAGGGCGUCGACGGCGUGGAGGAGGGGGGCGACGGAGGGGGCAGCCCCCCCGCCUCGCCGCGCGACGACUCGGAGAGCACCCCGCAGCGCAACCACGGCCCCCCCGCCCACUACCAUCCACCGGCGCACUGCAACAACACAGGCGCGACCGCUCCCCGCUCCCCCCGCACCCCCACCGUGGGCCGCUGCAUGGCCCACGACAUCGCGCACCGCUUCACGAAGACCUUCAACAUGAUCGCCACGUGCGACUACUGCGACAAGCAGAUGCUCUUCGGCUCCGGCCUCAAGUGCAAGGAGUGCAAGUUCAAGUGCCACAGAGACUGUGAGAGCAAAGUUCCUCCUUCAUGCGGCUUACCAGCUGGAUUUGUGGUCGCGUUUAAAGAGAAAUUUCACAAAGAUGCGGCGGGCGGGUACUACCUGUGCGCGUCGCCGACCGCGGGCCGCAGCGCCGGCUUCCUCUCGUCGCUGACGAGCCGGCCGCGCCGCCGCCGCCAGCCGCCGCAGCCCUACCACCACUCCGUGAGUGACCCGCCCCCCGCAGCCGCGCCCCGCCCCCCGCCGCCCCGCACCCGCCCCCCGCCACACCCGCUCACCGCCCGCCCCGGCGGGCCGGACUCUUCGUCGAACACGUCGUCGUGCAACAGCUCGACGCCCUCGUCCCCUGCUCUGGCCGCGCCCGCCACCCCGCUGCAGCACCAGCACCAGCAAGCCCACCAGCCGCCCAACGGCAAGCAGCAGUUCCACUUCCCCGAAAUCAAGCCACCUGUGUCGAGUCCGAACCACAACUCAACUGUGCAGUCGCCGGCUAGGCCCCUACUAGACCACAAAGAUGAUCUCACCUCGAGUAUCAAAAGCGAGCGUUCGCGGCGCGUGUCGCUGAGCGGCUCCGGCUCGACGGACAGCGGCAGCGGGCCGCGCGCCGACCCCCACCACGCCCACCACGCCCACCACGCCCACCACGCGCACGACGCGCGCUGGCCCCGACAGAACUCGCUCUCGAUGAAGGAGUGGGACAUCCCCUACGACGAGCUGCAGCUGUUCGAGGUGAUCGGCGCCGGCCGCUUCGGGACCGUGUACCGGGGCAGCUGGCACGGCGCGGUGGCCGUGAAACUGCUGCACGUGCACUCGCUCAGCGACCACUGCGCCCAGCUGGACACCUUCAAGCACGAGGUGGCGACCUUCCGGAAGACGAGGCACGAGAACCUGGUGCUGUUCAUGGGCGCCUGCAUGAAGCCGCCGCGGCUGGCGAUAGUCACCUCCCUCUGCAAGGGCAUGACCCUCUACACCCACAUCCACCUGCGGAAGGACAAGUUCACCGCCAACAAGAGCGUCCUCGUCGCGCAGCAGAUAUCGCAGGGCAUGGGCUACCUGCACGCACGAGGCAUCAUUCACAAGGACCUGAAGACGAAGAACAUCUUCCUGGAGAACGGAAAAGUCGUCAUCACCGACUUCGGUCUAUUCAGCGUCACCAAGCUGUGCUUUGGAAACAACGCGCGCGGCGACAGCCUGGGCAUCCCGCCGGGCUGGCUGUGCUACCUGGCGCCCGAGCUGGUGCGGGCGCUCCGCCCCCACGCCUCGCUGCACCUGCCCUUCUCCAAGGACACCGACGUCUACGCAUUCGGCACGGUAUGGUACGAGCUUCUCUGCGGCGAGUACCCAUUCAAGGGCCAACCGCCUGAAGCGAUCAUCUGGCAGGUCGGCAAGGGCGUGAAACCUUCGCUGGCCAACAUGCAGGCGUCCAGAGACAUCAAGGACAUUCUGAUGCUGUGCUGGUCGUACCGGUCGAACGAGCGGCCCGACUUCCCCCACCUGUUAUCUACGCUUGAGAAGCUGCCGCGCAAGAGGCUGGCGCGCUCUCCCUCGCACCCCGUACACCUGUCCCGCUCUGCCGACUCUGUGUUC